AUGCCGGCUGCUACGGGCAAGGGGCAAUGGAGAUCUAGCAAGGCAAAGGCAAUGCUUCGAGAGCAGAUUCUCCUCGAUGUUUUGAAUGCCGAUACCGACCUCGAUGCCCACCACAAGACGGACCCUGAGUUUAUCAAGUGGCCGAUUUCUCAGUUUAAAAGAAACACCCAGAACCUCAUUCAAUCGAUGAAGAAUAAAAAGCAGGUUGUGCAAUGGAGGGGUAGCCCCGGCCGUGCGAUGCUGAAAGAUGAGAUUAUUGCCGGGACAGUUCACGAGAUGUCAGACCCAGAGGAGAUACACCAGCGACGGGAUGAAUACAGGAUCUUUCCUUUGAGCAACUUCAAAACAAAUAUGGAGAAUCUUUUGAAUCAAGUCAUCACCCAGUUUGAACGCUUGCAGGUGGACGCAGAAGCGUAUGGACAUGACAUUGCCAUCAUUCAAGAGAUGAGAACAAACAAUCCACCAUUGAUUAGACCGUGGCAUCGAACCCGUUGCCCAGAACUACUGGCCAAAGAUAUCGAAGAUGGAAAGCACCUUGCAAUUGACCCAAGCACUGGAAAGAAGAUUACUCCAAUGCGGCUGCAGAUGAAGCAAAAGAAGAGAAUGGAAAAGAAGAAAACAAGAGUUCGUCUAGCAGAUCGUGUUCAAGUUGCAGAAAACCACCGCCACUGUCUUGACCGAGUGGAAGCAGACUAG